CUCCCGCAGCGGCGGGCGGUCGGCGCCAUCCUCAUGCAGCUCCUCCGGCCGCCUACCCGCACCGGAACAAAGUAAGGGCGGUGGAGGCUGGUACUUCGCGUGCAGUUCAGCGCGAGGGACUCAAAUGGAUGCUAAAAAGCCAAGGAAAUGCAAUUUGACUCCCUUCCUGGUUUUGAAAGCAAGAAAGAAACAACAGCUCACCUCUGCGAAGGGCCCCACUCUUUCUGAGAUCUACAUGGUUGGAAGUAAACCUUCAGUUCAAGUCCAGAAGCCACCUUCCAACACCAAGAACUCCAGAAUGACCCAAGUCUUUCGUAAGAACACCAGUGUUACUUCACUCCCCUUUGUGGACACCAAGGGGAAGAAGAAUAUGGUAAGCUUCCCACACAUUAGCAAGAAAGUCCUGCUGAAGUCAUCCCUGCUGUAUCAGGAGAAUCAAGCUCACAAUCAGAUGCCAGCCUCAGAGCUCAAGGCUUCAGAAAUACCUUUCCACCCUAGCAUUAAAACCCAGGAUCCCAAGGCACAGGAGAUGUCACCAAAGAAGCACAAGGUGCCUCUGACAGCGGCAGUGUUUUUCACAGAGGCCCUAAAGCUUUUUAAGAAUCAGCUGUCUCCAUAUGAGCAAAGUGAAAUCCUGGGCUACACGGAGCUGUGGUUCCUGGGGCUUGAAGCCAAGAAGCUCGACCUGGCUCCUGAGAAAUUUAGCAAGACAAGUUUUGAUGAUGAGCAAGGCUCCUAUCUGAAGGUCCUGCAUGAUCACAUUGCCUACCGCUAUGAGGUUCUGGAGAUGAUCGGGAAGGGAUCCUUUGGACAGGUGGCCAAGUGCUUGGAUCACAAAAACAAUGAGCUGGUGGCCCUGAAAAUCAUCAGGAACAAGAAGAGAUUUCACCAGCAGGCCCUGGUGGAGCUGAAGAUCCUGGAAGCCCUCAGAAAGAAGGACAAAGACAACACCUACAAUGUGGUGCAUAUGAAGGACUUUUUCUACUUUCGCAAUCACUUCUGCAUCACCUUUGAGCUCCUGGGAAUCAACUUGUACGAGUUGAUGAAGAAAAACAACUUUCAAGGCUUCAGUCUGUCGAUAGUUCGGCGUUUCACUCUCUCUGUUUUGAAGUGCUUGCAAAUGCUUUCUGUAGAGAAAAUCAUUCACUGUGAUCUCAAGCCCGAGAAUAUAGUGCUAUACCAAAAGGGCCAAGUCUCUGUUAAAGUCAUUGACUUUGGAUCAAGCUGUUAUGAACACCAGAAAGAAUUGUGUUCUGACAAUAACCAAUGUAAACAACAGAAAAGUGGUUACAGAAUCCCUGCUCCUCCCCAGGUAACCAGCAACCCCAGUUAUGUGGAAAUAACUACCAUGUUCCGUUUCUUCGACUUCAGUCUGUUCAUCGUCAUCUGUUGA